ACUCAGCUGACAACUGCAUUCAGAAGAACCGUGACACUGCGAUUACCUCGAGUGUUCAGGGUUUAAUCAAGUAUUCUAUUAAAUCAUUAUCAAACAUGGCCGAAUCAUUGGAACAGAUGCCGAAAUCAGAGACAAUCCGACUUCGAGACCGAUAUAUUGGACAAGCAUGUAAACUGUUUUAUAAAUCGAAUCCCUUGAAAAUCGUCCGAGCUGAAGGACAAUACAUGUACGAUGAAAAAGGAUAUCGUUAUUUAGAUUGCAUUAAUAAUGUUGCUCAUGUGGGUCACUGUCAUCCAAUGGUAGUGCGUGCAGGCCAGGAACAAAUGGCUCUUCUCUCUACGAACAGUCGCUUUUUGCACGAUGAUUUAGUUAUUUGUGCUCGUCGAUUGACUUCACUUCUUCCAGAACCAUUAUCUGUAUGUUUCCUGGUGAAUUCAGGUAGCGAGGCUAAUGAUCUGGCACUUCGUCUUGCUCAAACUCACACCAAUAACAAGGAUAUGAUCGUUCUUGAUCAUGCUUAUCACGGCCAUUUAACAUCGAUGAUCGAUAUUUCGCCAUAUAAGUUCAAUCAUCCAAACGGGCCUGGCAAGAAAGAUUGGGUUCAUGUGGCACCUUGUCCUGAUGUUUAUCGAGGAAAAUAUCGUGAAAUCGAUUAUCCCAAAGAAGAUCUUGGCAUGAAAUAUGCUAACGAUGUUAAAGAUAUUUGUCAGAAUCUCAAAAAUCAAGAGAAAGGAGUGUGUGCAUUCAUCGCGGAAAGUUUAAUGUCUGUUGGUGGACAAAUUCUACCUCCACAAAAUUAUUUUAGAAACGCAUACAAAUAUGUAAGAGAAGUUGGUGGUGUUUGUAUCGCGGAUGAGGUUCAAGUUGGUUUUGGAAGGGUUGGUAGCCACAUGUGGGCUUUUCAACUUUAUGGUGAAGACGUGAUUCCGGAUAUAGUCACUGUAGGUAAACCUAUGGGCAAUGGGCAUCCGGUGGCGGCCGUGAUUACGACCCCAGCCAUUGCUGAAAGCUUCAAGAACAGUGGAAUAGAAUAUUUCAAUACGUAUGGUGGGAAUCCAGUGUCCUGUGCCAUAGCCAACGCCGUGAUGGAAGUGAUCGAGCGGGAGAAUCUUCAAGAACACGCGUUGAAGGUUGGCAAUCAUCUAAUGACAGAGUUAAGGAAACUUGCCAAACGACGAAAGAUUAUCGGUGACGUACGAGGCGUUGGAUUGUUCGCGGGCAUCGAGCUGGUUCGUGAUAGGAUUGAGAAAACUCCAGCAACAGUUGAAGCCAAGCACGUUGUUUCCAGGAUGAAGGAUAAAAAAAUAUUGAUAAGCAGCGAUGGACCGGAUGAUAAUAUCUUAAAACUGAAACCACCGAUGGUAUUCACAAUCGAAAAUGUGAAUCAUUUGGUAUCUAUUUUAGACGAGGUUCUCGAGGAAGUAGAUAUUGACGUUGAAGAGAAAUUCCAAUCUAGGACGACGAUUUUACAAGCCACAAUCUCUAAAAUGGAUGUUGAUACGGAUAAAUCUACAUGUCCAAGUGGGAAGCCAUUGCUCGUUCGCUAAUUAGUCAUUAAUUUAAAGUGAUGUUGUAUAUGUGUGAAUUUAUAGAAUUGUACGUUGCAUAUAUUUAAAAUAUUACCGCUCGUGAUGUGAAUGAUUAAACCUGUUAUGCAUGUAUUGGAAUGGAAAAUAAUUUAUAUAUGUAUAUGUAUAUGAAAAAAGAAUGUAAAUGAAUAGAGAGAGAUGAGACUAAAAUUGAGAUUUGAGUAUAUAGCACAAAAUGAAUAAAUGAUAUAUUUUAAUAAAUA